AAUCACAGCUUCAUGAUGGCAGUGGGUGAGCCCCUGGUGCACAUGAGGGUCACUCUUCUGCUGCUCUGGUUUGGGGUGUUUUUGUCCAUUUCUGGCCACUCUCAGGCCAGGCUCUCCCAGGAUUUCACUUCCUCAGAAGUGGUAAUCCCUUUAAAGGUGAUCAGCAGGGGCAGAGGUGCAAAGGCUCCUGGAUGGCUCUCCUAUAGCCUGCGGUUGGGGGGACAGAGAUACACUGUCCACAUGAGGGUAAAGAAGCUGUUGUUUGCCACACAUCUCCCUGUGUUCACCUACACGGAGCAGCAUGCCCUCCUCCAGGAUCAGCCCUUCAUCCAGGAUGACUGCUACUACCAAGGUUAUGUGGAGGAGGUCCCUGAGUCCUUGGUUGCACUUAGUACCUGUUCUGGGGGAUUUCUUGGAUUGCUACAGAUAAAUGACCUUUUUUAUGAAAUCAAGCCAAUUAGUGUUUCUGCCACUUUUGAACACCUAGUACAUAAGAUAGACAGUGAUGAUACACAGGUUCCACCUAUGAGAUGUGGGUUAACAGAAGAGAAAAUAGCACGCCAGUUGGAGUUGCAAUUGUCAUAUAAUUUCACUCUGAAGCAAAGUUCUUUUGUUGGUUGGUGGACCCAUUGGCGGUUUGUUGAACUGGUAGUGGUCGUGGAUAAUGGUCGAUACCUUUUUUCUCAAAGUAAUGCAUCAAUAGUGCAGCAUGAAGUAUUUAAUGUUAUCAAUAUAGUGGAUUCCUUCUAUGAUCCUUUGGAGGUUGAUGUAAUUUUGACUGGAAUUGAUAUAUGGACUUCAUCAAAUCCACUUCCUACCACUGGAGACCUAGAUACUGUUUUAGAAGAUUUUGCUAUUUGGAAGAUUUAUAGCCUUAAUAAUAGACUACAACAUGAUGUUGCACAUCUUUUCAUAAAAGAGAUGCAAGGCAUAAAGCUUGGUGUUGCCUUUGUUAAUGGAAUAUGCCAGAUUCCUUUUAAUUGUGGAGUUGAUGUUUUUGAAGACAAUAGGUUUGUCAUGUUUGCAAUUACUUUUGGCCAUGAGCUUGGUCAUAAUUUGGGUAUGCACCACGACACUGAAUGGUGUGUGUGUGAGCUACGGUGGUGCAUAAUGUAUCCCUACAGACAGUUGACAACUAAAUUUAGCAACUGCAGCUAUGCCUAUUAUUGGGAUAGUACUAUCAGUAAUGGAUUAUGUAUUUACCCUCCUCCAUAUCCAGGGAAUAUCAUUAGACUGAAGUACUGUGGGAAUCUAGUGGUUGAAGAAGGAGAGGAAUGUGACUGUGGAACCACACAGCAGUGUGCAAAAGAUCCCUGUUGUCUGUUAAACUGUACUCUAAGUCCUGGAGCUGCUUGUGCUUUUGGAUUGUGUUGCAAAGACUGCAAAUUUCUGCCACCAGGAACUUUAUGUAGACAACAAGUUGGUGAAUGUGAUCUUCCAGAGUGGUGCAAUGGAACAUCCCAUCAAUGCCCAGAUGAUGUGUAUGUGCAGGACGGGAUCUCCUGUAAUGUCAAUGCCUUCUGCUAUGAAAAGACAUGUAAUAACCAUGAUAUACAAUGUAAAGAGAUUUUUGGCCAAGAUGCAAGGAGUGCAUCUCAGAGUUGCUAUGAAGAAAUCAACACCCAAGGAAACCGUUUUGGUCACUGUGGUAUUGUAGGCACAACAUACGUAAAAUGUUGGCCCUCUGAUAUCAUGUGUGGGAGGGUUCAGUGUGAAAAUGUAGGAAUCAUUCCCAAUCUGAUGGAGCAUUCUACAGUGCAGCAGUUUCACCUCAAUGACACCACUUGUUGGGGCACUGAUUAUCAUUUAGGGAUGUCUAUACCUGAUAUUGGUCAGGUGAAAGAUGGCACGGUAUGUGGUCCAGAAAAGAUCUGCAUCCGUAAGAAGUGUGCCAAUAUGGUUCGUCUGUCACAAGCCUGUCAGCCUCAGACCUGCAACAUGAGGGGAGUCUGCAACAAUAAACAACACUGUCACUGCAACCAUGAAUGGGCACCUCCCUACUGCAAGGACAAAGGCUAUGGAGGUAGUGCUGAUAGUGGCCCACCUCCUAAGAACAACGUAGAAGGAUUAAAUGUGAUGGGAAAGUUGGGUUACCUGUUAUUAUUGUGCCUUCUUCCUUUGAUUCCUUUUUUAUUAUGUUGCUUGCUUGUGCUUUUUAAGAAACGUACAAAAAGUAAAAAAGAUGAAGGAGAAGAGAAAUGGGGAACAGAAGACUAA